CUUAUCCUUUGGUUCAUGUCUUCUUCAUCGUUUUUGUGCUCAGGGUGAGUAGAGGACCCAGAAGAAGAAGGUGGUGAUCCAAUGGAGAUCUUAUCGCCGAGGAUAUUUCCCGAUGUAAUACUCCUUCCGAUGGUUGAAGAUGCAGCUUAUUUCCAUCAUCAUCAUCAGCAGCAACUCAAUUCCUCCUUCUCACUUGAUGAUGAGUUUGAUCUGUUCCAUCCAUAUUUUCCUUCACAUCCCUACUGCAGCUCGUCUCCAUCCAAUCCACUCUCUCAUAUUAACCCCGAGGUGAUGCCUGGUUUUGCUGUGCGAUCCGCGGGAACUCCUCAAGGGCUCACCGAGAGGCCCCGGAAACAGCUCAAGACCGAGAGCCAGAACUCUCCCCAUGCGACAGAGAUGGCAAUAUCACCGCGUUGUGAGUCAUCCCUUCAUGCUCCGUCCCCGUCUCGGUCUCCUGACUCACGCUUGAUAUCAUUCGGGAACCCCGAUUCGUCUCCUGCCAAAUCCAAUCCGUUCUACGGUACUUAUGAAAUCCAAGAUUGUGAGGAUCGACAGAUGAAAAGCGCCGGCACGACAAGCAGAACGCCGGUACGCUCACAAGAUCACGUGCUAGCCGAGAGAAAGCGCCGCGAGAAGCUCAGCGGGUGUUUCAUCGCGCUCUCAGCCCUCAUUCCAAAUCUUAAGAAGAUGGACAAGGCUACCGUCCUUGAGGACGCCAUCGAGUACUUGAAAGAGCUUCAACAACGCGUCAAGACGCUCGAGGAGGAGGUGGCAGUGAAGACUGUGGAGUCGGUCGUCGUCGUGAAGAAGUCCCAACUCACCCCGGACGAGGACACGCGCUCUUCGUCCAAUGAGAGCUCUUGCAGCCAAAUCCACCAGCAGCUCUCGCUCCUAGAAAUCGAGGCACGAGUCUCUGGGAAGUGCGUCCUCAUCAAAAUUCACUGCGAAAAACGCAAUGGGUUCACAUCGAAAAUAACGGGCGAAAUAGAGAAAUUGAACCUAGCUGUCGUGAACAGUUGUGUUCUAUCCUUUGGGAGUUCCAUGCUGGAUGUUACCAUCCUAGCUCAGAUGGACGUGGGAUUCAGCUUGAAAAUGGGGGAUCUCGAGAGGAAUCUGCGUCAAGCUCUUCUGGAUCUCAUCUGAUCUCCUGCAAAAGCUCUCAUAACAUGCAAGCAACAACGUACAAAAACCCUAAUAAUGAUACUUCAGUUGUUUCAUUUCCUUUUCUCUUUUUUUUUGGGGGGUCAAAAGGUUUGAGACCUUUGAGGAGAAAGCAAGGUGCCCGUGGAUCACUCUCUCUGAUUCAGACCACUCCAAACUUUUUGCCAACGCCAAAACAUUGGCUCUGGUUUUUGGUCUGGCGUCCCUAUUAUUUUGCAGGUGGGUUGUUUUUUUCUCCUUUAUUUUUUUGCGUGGUUGAUCCGCUGACCACGUUCAAAAUACCCACUUGCUGUAUGAGGAAAGUCUCCAGGAAUUUAUUUAUGAGCGGGGUUUUAAAGAGAGGCCUGACAUUUUCAGAUGAGGCCUCUCUCUCCCUCUCUCUGUCUAAAACUGGAUUUUGCAUGUGGUCUUUCUUGGAGAGGUGAAGAACUGGCGCUUCAUAUUCUUUUUUUAUAAGG